AUUUUCGUUCCACAAGUGGCUGCACUGAUGCCAGUGAUGUGAUUUCCACCAUUUGUUUUCUUUUUUCAGUCGGUGUUGGUCUUUUCUUUCUUCGUUUCUCUGUUUCAAUUUUCGAAUUUCUCAAGGAUUUUCUUUCGGAUUCAUCUUGUUUCUUUGUUAGAAUUUUAUUUUCUGCUUGUAAGAAGUUUCAAAUCCUUGGAAAGAAAGUCGAUCCCAAAUGUGACCUGUUGAUGGACCUAAUCGGAAAAUUUCAAUGAAUUCUCUGUUCACGAAAUAACUCAACGCAUUCGAUAUCAAUGAAGCCAACGCUUUUAUGCUUCUUGUUCGUACUAUUGCCAAUAUUGCAUGUACAAAUCGUGAAAUCUGAACGUUACACUUCCAAGCAAAUGUUAACGUGGCUGAAUCGACUAAAUUUAACCGAAAACGCGGAGACCAAGAAAUGCUUGCCAAUUAUCCAGGGUAAGAUGUACCCGGAUGUUAAUUUCCUUUAUAUGUUCUGUGACACAACCCCGGAAAGAAUGAUAUGGAGAAAGUCUGAUGUUUAUUCGAACUGUGUGGGAUAUAAAUGUUGGGAAAGCCACUUGACCGAUAGUACACGAUACAGCAUUUUGAAUGUGAUGAAUACCUAUCGAACAUCGGUAGCUGAAGGAGUUUGCGGUCCUUGGUGCGAUAAGAAAAAACUAAGAUUGGUCUUCGAAUUGAAAUGGAGCACUGAUUUGGAAAAUCUAGCAUUAGAACAUCAAACAAAAUUCUGUGGGGAUGCGGUUUCGCCAACAUCACCACUACAAAGUUCCAAGAAAAAAGGCCUACCGAAGUAUUUGGAUGACGUCACGGUUACGUUUCAAGUAGAAGAAGGAUUUCAACGUGAAUUAAAUUUACUUUUAAGAACAUACCUGGUGGAAAAUCGCAUGAACGAUUGGAAUGAAAAGACCAAUCGAUUUAGAAGAAGUUUAGCGACCGAAGUAGGCUGCGCUUAUCUUCUCAGAUAUGGCGUUAGUAUGAAAACUACAUUAAAUGAAAAAAUCAUUUCUGGGAACUUCGGUCAUUUUAGUUGCGUCUUUGGAUCUCCUAUGCAGUUCGAUCAUAUCGAGCACGUUAUUCCGCCAUUAUCGAGCCGUAAUUGUGCAUUGGUAUUUCCAGAGUUAGGAGUUGACAGGCCCUUCGAUUACUUACAUCGAUCUCUUUGUACAGUUCGGUAUCCGUCUUUGUCGACAAAUUGUCAAUUCAGUAAAGAGCACACCCCGGAAGUAUACAGCAAGGUAUGUCCCAAAGAAGCGUUUGAAAAUUCAGAAACUUGGCAAGAUAAAUGGUUCGGACUUACUGUGCGAUUUCGAAAACCUCCAGUUGGCAUAGGCAACAAUGAUGUGGAAAGCGUCGAAUGUAACGCACCCAAGCUUCCGAAAACUUAUCCCGAAGAAGGCGACUAUCACAAUUAUAAUUGCACUCGUACACAUGAAGUGGUGAAUAAAGCGGAUCCGUAUUCGUGUGUAGGAUGGAACUGUGAGCACAGUCAACUUACUGAUAUCGUACGACAUCUGAUUUGGCACACUAUAAACAGUGCUGUUGAAACGAUAGCUCAAGGUUUAUGCACGUAUUUAUGUUUACUGCCGUGUAAGUGCAACGGUGAACGGUAUUGCAACAUGGCCGAACGUCGUUGGCAUUGGUAUUUAGAGCAAAAAGCUGCAGAAAGAGUGCGUAAUUGUCCGUCAGGAAAUUUAACCCGAAACGUCACCUAUCCACAUCCUCCAUUUCAGGGUGAACUCCCUUUUUUUGAAGAAGUUACUGUGGUCUUUCAUUUAAAAGAGAACGCACAACAAUCACUACACGAGAAAUUCGCUAAAUUAUUUUGGAGUAAUGCGUUUCAAGACUGGAAUGAAGAUGGGACGUUUAGAAGAGGCAACGCUUAUUGGAUGGGUUGCGCGAUUGUUGUCCGUCCGGGACAAACUGAUAUAAAAAUUCCACGCGAAUAUAAAGUACAUAAUGGAAUACCUACUCAUAUGGUUUGUAUUUUUGCCACGAACGGAGAAGAUCAUUUCUGGGCCGAAAGAGGCUCUGCGAAUAAAAGCUGCUGUCCCGUUUGUACCAAACCACCAAUAGACGCGUCUUGUGCACCAAUAACCAAGAACAAGGAUCACACGUAUCCUCAUUUAUGCAGUCUGAACGAAUCGUUGAACAUACACAUGAAUUGCGAAGUUAACAAAUGUCAUAAAACAGCCCAACCGUUGCAGGCUUUGACGAGCAAAGUUCCCGGAUUUACGUUAAUUCGAUAUUUGAAUGGGUCUUUCGAGUAUGUGUUUAGGCCUCAGCCGGCAGAAAUGAGCGGUGCGUACAUCACGUCGAAAAUGUGCAACAUAGCGACUUUGUUAUUUGGUAUAGCUAUCGUUAUGGUAUUGUUGGUGAUAUCGUUGAUUUACAAACACAAAGAAGCGAAAAAAUACCAGGAAAAGGCCGAGUUGCAAAAUAACCAAAAUUAAAGGAAUUUUGAUGCCAUCGAACGACAGUUCUGGCGAAGUUUUAAACCCGACCGACGUAUGUCGGUGUAAGUUUUAAAGAAUAACUUUGUUGAUUUUGCUAGAAAUGAUUGGAAUUUUUUUUGUUAGAAAAACCGAAUUAUUGUAUUUUGCGUAUGACUCAGGACUCGACGAAGGUUUCUGGAGAUCUACCAAACGCGAGAGUUUAGAAUCGUUGAUGUAUUUUUGAAUAUAAUUUUGAUUAAAAUAUUAACCUUUGUAUUUGUACGUACAAUUCGGUACAGAUGCUCUUGUAGUUUGAUUAAUUUGAUCAAAGUGAAUAUGAUUUUCGUA